AAGAGAUUGUUCCUCCUUCGAUUUUCGGAAUGGCUGAUUAUUCGACGCCAGAAAGCGUUCGGGCCCUCAGCAUUCCCGAUCCGGAACUUAUUAGGUUCCUCCGAGACAGUGCACCGGCAAAAGUGGAUUUCACUGCUGAUAGGCAUAUUUUGAGGGAAAAACGAAACCUUGCGGAGAAAGAGAGAGCGGAAGCAACGCCAACCUAUGGCACACAUGAAUUCACUAAGACGCUUGAGAUGCGCGAUGGUUAUCAAAGUGAAGUCCGGGUUACAAAGCCAGCUGAGAGCACACCCGUUGGUUGUCCACUUAUUAUCUUGAUCUACGGCGGUGGUUGGUUGCUGGGUUCUAACUACCAAUUGAUCCCUUUCGCAAGGCCCUUGGCUUAUUUCUAUAAAGCGACUGUGGUGACUGUCUCUUAUCGCUUGGGCCCAGAGUACAAGUUUCCCAUUGCCACCCAAGACAUUUACGACAGCGUUAAAUGGCUUGCUCUGAAUGCGGCAUCAUUUGGUGCAAAUCCAGACACAGGCUUUGUAGUUGGUGGCGUCUCCGCAGGGGCUACGAUGACCGCAGUUGUGGCGCAGAUGCUUGCGGAGGAAAGGUUUUCGCCCCCUUUGACUGGACAAUGGCUGAGCGUACCCAAUUUGUUCUGCUCGGAGACUGUGCCUGAAAGAUACCGGCACCUGUGGCUUUCGCGCCACCAGAAUACCGAUGUGCCGGGACUGACGACCAACGAUCUGGAGAUUCUUGACCGAAGCUAUGAGCCCGAUCUUCUGUCUCCUGCUUGGUCUCCAGUCAACUCUGGACCUCCAGCUAAGGGUCUUCCUCCAGCAUAUCUCCAAGUUGCUGGUUGCGAUCCCUUACGGGACGACGGCCUUAUUUGGGAGAGUAUGCUUAGGGAGAGUGGGAUUAAGACCAAGUUGGACGUGUAUCCAGGAGUACCUCACGUUCAUUUCGCUUCGUAUCCCAACUUUAAACUAUCUCGGAAGUCCAAUCUGGACACCAUUGCAGGGAUUGGGUGGCUUCUGGGUAAAAGACUUGAAAGAGAAACAAUUGAUGGCGAACUGAAAUCGGCACCAGGAGGUGGCUAG